GUUGUGGUAAAGGGGCAAACUGAGCUUUUGGGAAGGAUUCCCUACUCAAACAAAAUAAUAAACCUACAAAUCACAGAGAAGAUGGUGCCUGCCUUUCGCUUGGUAGCUUACUACUUCGUUGAGAACGGUGGUCGUAAGGAGAUCAUUGCUGAUUCUGUAUGGGCAGACCUUGUGGAUGUCUGUGAAGGAAAGGUUAAAGUGAGAACAGAACGUGAGAGAUAUGAACCAACAGACAACAUCAAUUUACUGAUUGAAACAGACCAUGAAGGAAUAGUUGCCUUAGCCGUGGUUGACAAAGCAGUUUUUAUUCUGAACAAGCGAAAUAAGCUUACAUCCAGAAAA